AUGCCGCCCCCUCCGCCGCCUCCUUCCCCCCACCAUGGCCCGCCAGGCCCGCCAGGCCCGCCAAGCCCAGGCCACAGACCAUCCAAGGUGACUCCUCCUGAAGUUCCCGAUCCGUACGAUGCUCCCUGGUCACCAAGUCGGGAUCGGGUGCGCGUCCCUGCCUCGGCCUUUCCACCGCCGUACUCCGACCUCUUUCACUACGAGCCAUCGACCAAGUACGCCAAUGGCAACCCCCAUUCGGGCGUCAUCCCGCCACUUCAGCUUCAUCUUCUCAACAAUGUCGGUCUGUCACAGCGUCCCGUCCGACCUCCUGCUGCCCCUCUCGUCAACUCGACCGUCUGGGAUAAGCCGCGGUGGAGCAAGGCGGACAACGGCUCGCGCACCUCCUUCGCAGACUCGUUCCGCGCCCAUCUUCAGCAGGACGAGGUUGACACUCGAUUGCCGCCCUUCAAUUCGUGGAUAGCGCCAAAGGAGCAACUCGAUCCGUCGCUGCCGCCGACUGAGCCUCUCUCGCGCGUCCAAUUCGCCUUCGAAGACCCCAAGCGCCGUUCAGGCAAAGCUGGGGAUCAUGCCCGCGAAGCGACCUUGAUCGAGCGACAACGUCUGGUGAAGAACGCCUUUCUCCACUCUUGGGAAGGGUACAAGCGCAUAGCAUGGGGGCACGACGAGCUUCGUCCCGUAUCAGAGGAGGCGCAAGACCCCUUCAACGGCUGGGGCGCAACCAUCGUUGAUGCAUUAGACACGCUUCUGGUCAUGGACCUGCCGAAGGAGUACAACUAUGCAAGAGAGCACGUACGCGAUAUCGACUUCUGGUACUUGGGUGGUGAGCGUAGCGCUUAUGGACGUAACGACGGGCGCGUGCCCGUGUUCGAGACGGCCAUUCGUUACUUGGGCGGCUUUCUCUCGGCUUAUGACCUGAGCGGGGACGAAUUGAUGAAGGACAGGGCAGAGGAGCUCGCGCAGCUUAUUCUCCCCGCCUUCUUCACUCGUACUGGUGUCCCACUCGGUCGAGUUCGCUUCGGCGCCACUCCCUAUCCCGGCGCAGGCGGGGGAGUAGUACUCGCCGAAGCAGGCAGUAUGCUCCUCGAAUUUACUCGCCUCUGGCAAGUGACGGGAAAUCGUACCUACUUCGACCGAGUGCAGCGUGCCACCGACUGGCUGGACCGCAACAUGACCAAGGAGGCACGCCUCGGGUCUCUCCUUCCUACCUCGAUCUUCCCCGAGACAGGGGCGGGCUACGGCUGGUACUCCUUUGGAGGCAUGGCCGACUCUUUCUAUGAAUAUUUGGCUAAGGAGCAUCAGCUCCUCGGCGGAAAGAUGGGGCAAUAUGCUCGCAUGUACUCGGACGCAAUCGACUCGGCACGCCGCUACUUGAUCAAGGAGAUCCGCUCCGUACCGGGCACUGACCUGGUCACGUUUGGGAUGAGCAACUCGCGAUUUUGGGAGGCCAAGCAGGAGCACUUGGCUUGCUUCACGGGAGGAAUGCUCGGCCUGGGUGCAAAGCUGAUGCCGUCACGCCGCGGCCAUGACGUUGAUCUGGCGCAGCGUGUCACUGAGACGUGCUGGUGGUCCUACAACUCUUCCGCUACAGGGCUCGGGCCCGAAGACACAGUCUUCUAUCGCUCCGACGACUCUCUGCGUUUCGAGCAGCUCACCGAUCCGGACGGCACGAAACGACGCGGCAAAGCCCGUGGCUGGCCCAUCGUGGGCGUGGCAAGGCAAACGUCCGACUAUCGCGGCCGGCCAGAGACGAUUGAGAGCGUGCUUUACAUGUGGCGCAUCACGGGCGACCCAGUGUGGCAGGAUAGGGGUUGGCAGAUGUUCGCCUCGUGGGUGACGCAUGCCAUGACCAAGGUGGGCUUUGCCAACAUCCAAGACGUGCAAGCCUUGCCGGCCAUCUUGAACGACAACAUGGAGUCUUUUGUAUUUGCCGAGACAUUCAAGUACUACUACCUCCUCUUCUCCCCGCCCGACCUCAUCUCACUAGACGAUUACGUCUUCACGACCGAAGCACACCCGCUCCUUGUCCCCAAGGACGGUCGUUGGACAGAAGCAGGCAAGGGUCCACGCUCGUUCUGGUCUGGCCCGUCCCCCUCCCAGGCCUCGUCGGACGUCUACAGCGGCGGCGAGAGCGGCUCGUACGGCGGCAUGACCAAUGUUCAGAAGCACAGCGUGUUCAAGGCCUGGGAGGCGCAGGAGGAGCAGAAGCGUGUUCAG